AUGGAGACCGCCUGCGCAGCAAGUCUCACCGACGCUGCGCGCUUGGUGCAGCUGCUCAAAAUCGAUGGCUAUUACGCGACCAACGCCAUGGACACCACCUCCCUCAAAUCCAGAUGGACCGUCGACGGGUAUGAAUGGGAAACCCGUAUAUACCCUAAUUACGAUUCAUCUAUUGCGCUGGAGCUUGUCUUUCUCGGUCAAACCCGCUCCGACGAGCAUGUCAGGGCGAGCCUCGGUUGCCGGCUGGUAGACUCGAGAGGAAUUCUCAAACCAUCUCCAGUGAAGAGUGCGUCAAUCAAAACUGGAGGCUACGGCGGUACCUGUAAAUCCAAGCUGUCGCUGGUGACAAGACGCGAUCUAGAGGCGUCCGGCUAUCUCCGCGAUGAUGCCUUGAUACUGGAGUGCACCAUCACCGUCCUCAAGGUACUACCGCUACAAACGUUCCCUGCCAAAGAAACCCCGAUCCCCGCCGUGCCAUCCUCCAACCUGCACGCGCACUUCGGCGAGCUCAUGCAGAGCGGUGCUGGAGCGGACGUCACAUUCCUCGUGGCCGGCGAGUCUUUCACGGCGCACAAGGCCGUAUUCGCUGCGAGGUCGCCCGUGUUCAUGGCUGAAUUCUUCGGCCAAAUGGUGGAGAAGGUCUCUGAACAUGUCCAGAUCAAUGACAUGGAGGCAUCGGUGUUCAAGGAGCUGCUCCAGUUCAUCUACGCGGACACGCCGCCGGACUUUGAUCAGCCGCAAAAUGAGGCGGCGACUGUGAUGGCGCAGCAUCUGCUGGCGGCCGCCGACAGGUACGGCCUGGACAGGCUUAAGCUGAUAUGCGAGGGCAAGCUCGCCGGUGGCAUUGACGUUGACACUGCAGCGGCAACAUUGGCAUUAGCCGAGCAGCACAGUUGCGAGCAGCUCAAGGCUAGGUGCAUCGAGUUCAUCGUUAGCACGCCUGAGGGUCUUGAUGCUGUGUUGGCGACGGAGGGGUACAAGCACCUGGAGACAAGCUGCCCUUCGGUGCUGACGGACCUUGUGCGCGGGAGGAAGAAGCUGAAACGUACCUAA